CACCAAAAAACUCUGCGCGCGCAACGACACAUGAGGCAAUUCGACGAGAUUCAUCAAAAGCUCAACCACAACGCGGAAAAAAUGAUCUUCUAGAUCGAUGUUCAUCUGAAUAUGAGUCCAAAAUUCGAUCGGUCCAAUUUUUUUUCGCGAUCGCGCGUCGAAACUGACCUGAUUACAUCGUCGCACUCACUAUCAUCAUGCGGUCACAAGCCGCGGCCGGGCGGGCGACGAGAGUCAAAAAGCUCGCGAAGAACACUGCUCAGCAGGUCUUGCGAGAAGAUCAACUAGAUUCUGCAGAAUACAGUUCCCUUCAGACUCAAUCUAACAUCGAGACUGGGGUGGAAAAGAGUGAAGAAAAGGAAUACCAUCUUCAAGCUGCCUUGAAAGGAGGCUCGGGUGGCAGCAAAGAUGCGGAGGAGAUUCCUGCCCCUCCUGCCGAGGAGACCCCUGGUCUGGAUUACGAUGCCCUGUAUCCAUUAGUUUUUCAUAAACCUGCCACCUACAUUCGCUUCUCCCAGACAGUCGAAGAGACUACCGGGUGCCAGUAUAAUAUGACCUCGGAAGAUGACACCUUUCUCAAAGCAUACAAUCACAAGAAGUCCGCUGGUACCAGAUGUUCCGAGGAUGAUUUCGAAAAGAUUAUGGAAGUUUUCGAAGACACUGCCGCUGAUCAAGUCCCGUAUGCAUCCCUCGAUGGCACCGUGAUUUCCUUUGAUGGGAUGAAGAUGUCGAUUAAGCAACAGAUUCAUGAAAAGGCCCAUCCAUUUGCCAAGGAUAUCUACGAACACUGGCGAAUAUGCAGACAGAAUGCUGGGAACCAUCCACUUCAACCCUCUCUAAAAGUCGAGAAGAAUAUAGAAAAGGAUGAUGGUGAUCCAUAUGUCUGUUUCCGACGACGAGAUGCUCGUCAAACUCGGAAGACUAGAGCUCGCGACACACAAAGUGUGGAGAAGCUGAAGAGAUUAAGGAAAGAACUCGACGAAGGACGCCAAUUGAUAGACAUGGCUUUCCAAAGAGAGUUGACCAAGAGAGAACUUCUAAAAUGCGACAAGAGCGUCUUCGAACAACGUGCCAAGGUCAAAGAGACUAAGGUCAAACUGGGAAUCAAGACUGACGAUGAAGAUCUCAUCAACCAGAGACCUCAGAAGAGAAAGAUGACAGACUUUGGCCAGUUGCAACGUCCUCCUGGAAGCCAAUUACGCUUGCCUGGCCGUUCCGAUGGACGUCCUCUUGAUGCUGAUCUUAUUAUGCUGAGUGAUCUGAUGGCCCAGAAAGAGAAUACGCUCCAGAUUGAGAUCGAGGAGAAGGCGCAACAGCAUCGGAAAUGGAACAUGGGCCAUGUCGACUUAACUCGCGAGCCACUGUCCCCUGUCCAUGGCCAAGGGUUCGAGGCUGGAUUCCGUCCGGCAACAGCCCAAUACCAAUAUCUCAUGACACCUCCUUCUUCUGUGACCUCCGAAUCCUUCGAUCAGCCCUCGCCGUCCUUGGAAAAACCAGAACCAUGCGCAUUGGGUUAUAACUCACCCUCGGAAGAAGAAGAGCCUCGAGGGCAACCAGCUUAUCGCCGUAGGAUAGGCCGCGGAGGUCGAUUAUGGAUUGAUCGUCGAGGCAUGUCGUCGGCCGCUAAAUUGGCUGAGGCAACUGUCUCGGAUCGUUGGAAAUACGAUCAAGAUGAUGACGAUGAGCAACCGGUGUACGAGAUGGACCCAUAUGACACCAAAGCUCUCCGAUUUCGAGCAACAAUACCCUACCCACCACAUCUCUUCUCGCAGCGACCUCGACCAGAACAAGCUGGGCCACUGGCAAGAGUUGCUGGAAACAGUCCUGCGCAUAAUCGAGCAAUUACUGCUGCUGGUCAACAGCCACAGCAAGCACCACCCUGAAAGAAGAAUAAGCUUACCGUUUCGCUUCCCACACCUAAUCCUACCACAAGCCGCCCCCCUUCGCGCCAAUGAAGCGCUCGUGUAUGAAUAAACAUUCUGCUUUGCAGGACAUCGCUUGAGAUGUGCCUGGGAUUGAGGCGUUACCCAAUGAAAUGGGCUCGAAUGUGUUGGUAUUAGAUGUUUAGCUAGUCGAAAACACCUCGAGGAUAGGUGUCUGUUGUAUUUUAGUGCUCACACGAGCAGAGAAGAUGGCGAGGACACUGGUGGAAUGCUUGCUCCAUCCAAAGCCUUGUUUUCCAUAGCUAGGGAACGUUACUCACUUGCAUACCACAAAAGAAAGCCG